AUGUUUGGAAGCAGCAACACCUUUGAUCCCAACACUGACAUUCCUGACCUUUCAGGCAAAGGUAUGAAUCGUAUCAAGGAAAAGCCAACCCUAGCUAAAUCCCACAAGNUCUACGUCGUGACUGGCGGAUCAGCUGGUAUCGGUUUUGGUAUCUGCGCCCAUAUUCUCCAACACAACCCUGCCGCCCUUUAUCUUCUUGGCAAGAAGGAGGAGCACAUUCAGGAAGCUGAAGAAAAACUCAAAGAAUACGGCGACAUUUCAAAGGUCCACUCUGUCCAGAUCGAGCUCGAAGACCUGAGGCAGACGGAUCAAGUGGCCAAGGAGCUCGCUUCCAAACUCGACAGGCUCGACGCUCUCAUCUGUAACGCUGGCCUAGGUGUGGGAGUCUUCAAUUUGACCAAGGACGGUAUCGACAGCCACAUGCAGGUGAACCACAUUUCACAAUUCCAUCUGGCUCAAACUUUGCUUCCCCUGCUCCAAAAGACUCCUGGUUCUCGUCUUGUCCUACAAUCCUCGGAUCUCCAUCGCGGAAUCAGUGAUGUCAAGUUCGAAUCCGAGGAAGAGCUCAACCAAGACAUCGGUCCCAUGAUGCUCUACAACAGGACCAAACUCGCCCAAGUUCUCUACAUCCGUGCUCUGGCAGACCGUAAGGCGAAGGCUCAACUAGGCUUCAGCGACAAUGUGAGCUCUGGACCAUUCAUGAAUGCUGUACAUCCUGGUGGUGUUCAGACCGACCAGCAAAAGCAGGCUGUCGACGCUUAUGGAACACUCGGUAAGAUCGGUGUUGCAGCAGUGAAGCCUUUCUUGAAGGAUCCCGUCGACGCUGGAUGUCGUCCAGCACUUUUUGCAGCAACUAGCGAAGACGUGGUUAAGGAGACUAUCCAAGGACAAUACAUCGUGCCUGACCGCAAGGUCACCGAUCCAUCAAGCCAGGCUUGCGACCAGCAACUUGGCGAGAAUCUGUGGCAGCUAACUGAGAAGAUCAUUGUUGGCAAGUUGGGAAACGCUGUGCCAUACAAGCUUCAGUACGCUUAG